AUGGAGCUGAGUUCUGAGAGCCAGCUGUUGCCUGGGAAUAACUUCACAAAUGAAUGCAACAUUCCUGGAAACUUCAUGUGCAGUAACGGGCGCUGUAUCCCAGGGGCCUGGCAGUGUGAUGGCCUGCCAGACUGCUUUGAUGACAGUGAUGAGAAGGAAUGUCCAAAAGCCAAAUCCAAAUGCGGUGCCACAUUCUUCUCCUGUGCUAGUGGGAUCCACUGCAUCAUUGGCCGCUUCCAGUGCAACGGCUUUGAGGACUGUCCUGAUGGCAGCGAUGAGGAAAACUGCACAGCAAAUCCCUUGCUUUGUUCUACUACCCGAUUCCACUGUAAAAAUGGUCUUUGCAUUGAUAAAAGCUUUGUGUGUGACAGUCAAAAUAACUGUCAAGACAACAGUGAUGAAGAAAGCUGUGAAAGCCCUCAAGAGGCAGGCAGCGGCCAAGAUUACGUGACCUCAGAAAAUCAGCUGCUUUACUACCCUAGUAUUACCUAUGCUGUAAUUGGUAGCUCUGUCAUUUUCGUACUCGUGGUGGCCUUUCUUGCCUUAGUCCUGCAUCACCAGCGAAAACGCAACAAUCUCAUGACCCUGCCAGUGCAUCGACUGCAGCACCCGGUCCUGCUGUCCCGGCUGGUGGUCCUUGACCACCCGCACCACUGUAGCAUCACCUAUAACGUCAAUAAUGGGAUCCAAUAUAUGUCAAACCAGGCCUAUGACAGGCCAGUGGACUUGGAGUCUCCACCAUCUUAUUCAGAGGCUGUGCUCGACCAAAGCAGACCACCUUGGUUUGACCUUCCUCCACCACCUUAUUUUUCUGAAUCCCUUAGUCAGCCAGACCUUCCCCCUUACCAAUCUCAAACAAGAAGCCUGGUGACUACAGAAACCCCUGUGGCAGGAAGCCCUUUGUGCACAGCCAGCACUUGUACAAGAGACGUCUAUGACGGCAUGGAUGGCCACAGAACUCUUCUUGAGAGGACAGCAGAUCAAAGUGAUUCUCAACCACAUUUGUGA